AUGAACAAUAACUAUAGCCAGGAUAAUUAUGUAUUAAAUAAGGAUACUUUAAAAUAAUAUGAGACUCCAUUACCAUUUGAAACAUAAGAUGAAAAAACUUAGAAUAUGGAUUAAUUUUAAUGUAUCUAUCUAUGUUUAUAUUCUUAAGAAUACAUUGAAUUUUAAGAAGUUUUAGUUAGAGUUGAUUUUCUCAAGAGAGUGUACCUAUUAUUGACCUUAGAGUUUUUAAUAAAUUUUGGAAUGAUUGCAUUAGGACUAUAUAAAAAAUUGUUAAAUUUGUUUGUGAAUACUAACUUCGACUUUUUGUUACCUUGA